CACUGAAUGGCGCAGGUCCCGCUGUGAGGUGUGUUGAGUGAAGUGGAACAGCAGUGUCUGUCAAACACCGCAGUCUCCUGACCUGCUGCUGGAAGCUGUCUCUGUGACUCUCUCUCUCUCUCUCUCUCUCUCUGCUCUCUGAGCCCGCGAUUCACUGACUGCCUGAACGCCUUUAAUCUACUCUUCUCCUUCAUCACUCAGUUCUAGCCCCAGAGCACUGAGCACAGGGCAGUGUGUGAGUGGCAGCAGAAGUGGGCAGCCUCAGGUCCUCCCGACACACACAGGAUCACCAGCUCGUCCCUGGCCGUCACCUAGAGUCACACACAUACUUAGAGACACACCCAAACACACACAUUCACACUCCCACUCAGACACACACCACAUACACUCAGACUUAGUCACACAGAUACUUUCAGACACAUACUUUCAGACACAUACACUUGCAUUCACACAAACAUUCAGAGCGACACUUGGAGGCACCAUGGCGAAGGGAGAGAACAUAUCCCAUACCCCAGCCGGAAAGCUCCUCAAGCCCCCAGAGCCAUCCUUCACCAAGCCCCCCCACCAGACUGUGUUGGACCAGAAACUGUCUGUCUGCAGUAAGCUCUGCUUCGCCAUUGGAGGAGCACCCAAUCAGGUGGCCGGCAGCGCUACAGCAUUUUUCCUCCAGAUCUACCUGCUGGAUGUCGCCCAGAUCAACCCGUUCCAGGCCUCCAUGGUUCUGUUCAUAGGGAAGUCGUGGGGCGCCGUCAGCGACCCUGUUGUCGGCUUCUUCAUCACCAAGAGCAAGUGGACCAGGAUAGGCAGACUCAUGCCCUGGAUGGUGGGCUGUACUCCGUUUGUGGUGGUCUCCUACUUCUACCUGUGGUUCGUUCCUCCCUUCACCAACGGACGAUUCGUCUGGUAUCUGGGUUUCUACUGUCUCUACCAGACACUCAUCACUUGUUUCCAUGUGCCUUACUCUGCCCUCACCAUGUUCCUCAGUACGGACCAGAAGGAGAGAGACUCAGCCACAGCCUACCGUAUGACCCUGGAGGUGCUGGGUACUCUAGUUGGCGCUGCCAUCCAGGGUCAGAUCGUGGCGAGCGCACACACCCUGAAAAACUGCCCCCAGCACAACAUGUCUGUCAGUCACCUAGGCAACGGCAGUGGGGCCGAGAUCGUCAAGAGAAUCGUUCACUCCCAGGACUUCCUGUCACAUGCUAAGGAGAUGUAUAUGAUCGCUGCUGGUGUGAUUGGAGGAGUGUUUCUCAUCUGCACUGUGGUCAUGUUCCUAGGAGUCAAAGAGAGAGAUGAUCCGUACAUUUUGAAGACGGAGAAGCAGAUCCCGUUCCACAAGGGCUUCAUCCUGGUGAUGCGACAUGGUCCCUACCUCACUUUGACUGCUGCAUUCCUCUUCAUCUCCGUUGCCAUUCAGUUGGUUCAAAGCAACUUUGUCCUGUUCUGUACGCAUGCAGUGGACCUGAGAGACCACUUCCAGAACAUUGUGCUGACCAUCCUGGUAUCUGCAGUAGUGAGCAUCCCUUUGUGGCAGUGGUUUUUGGAGCGGUUCGGCAAGAAGAAGGCAGCCUUCUGUGGAAUCACGUGGAUCAUGCCGUUCACAGUGAUGCUGGUGUUCAUUCCUAACCUGGUCGUAGCCUACGUAGUGGCUGUCUCUUCUGGACUCAGUGUGGCUGCAUCACUCCUCCUACCAUGGUCGAUGCUGCCAGAUGUGGUGGAUGACUUCCGUCUGGCAAACCCCUACUGUAAAGGCUAUGAGGCCAUCUUCUACUCCUUCUACGUGUUCUUCACCAAGUUUGCUGCUGGGAUCUCUCUCGGAGUGUCCACCCUCUGCCUCGAGUUUGCGGGUUAUGACACGGGGGCAUGCAGGCAGCCUGAUCAAGUAGCCUACACUCUGAAACUGCUCAUAGGCGCCGCCCCGGUGGCCUUCAUUGUAACAGGCCUGUUGAUACUGCUGCUCUACCCCAUCAGUGAGGACGUCCGGCUCAGGAACAAACUCUGUCUGGAGGAGCUACGGAAACAAAGUGGCAUCAGCUCCAGAACGCUGGAGGAUCUGAGCAAUCCAUGACCUGGGAUGGAAUGGACAGGAGAGGUAUCACAUGCGGCGGAUUCCAGUUCCCCAACUGGAAUAUGACUUCUAUUAGUGUAUAUUACACUGAGAAAUAAUCACAUGAUAGUUAUGUUUUCAUGUAAACAUUUUAAGUUUGUUUCUGUAUUUUCACAUGAACCUGUAAAGUAUAGCCAUCUUGAAUAUACCUACAAGAUAACCUUAUUUAUAUAAAUGAAUGUAUAUCACUAUUUGCUGUGUUUAGCGGGCAUUGCUGGUAUUUAUGAAUGGUAUCUGAGUAUUAUAAUGGUUUGGGCUUAAUAAAUACUGUUGACUUUGGUUAGUA